CCAGCCCCGUUACUCUCAGCGUCUCUCUCUCUCUCUCUCUUUAAAGCAGCGCCUCAACAAUGUCGCACCAGACGGGGAUACCCGCUACCAGGGAAUUGAAGGACUUCUUUGCAAAGGCCCGCAAUGGAUCUAUUCGCAUUAUGAAGGUUAUCAUCAAAGAUGAGCAGUUAGUCUUGGGGAUGUACAGAGAGCCAUCGCAGGCAUGGGACAGAGACUACGACAAUUUCAUCCUUCCCGUACUGGAGGACAUGCAGCCAUGCUACAUCCUUUAUCGUCUUGACAGCCAGAAUGCACAGGGUUACGAAUGGCUCUUUAUUUCCUGGUCACCUGAUCAUUCCCCCGUCAGACAGAAGAUGCUGUACGCAGCAACUCGGGCCACUGUGAAAAAGGAGUUUGGUGGAGGACACAUUAAGGAUGAAUUAUUUGGAACAGUGGAGGAAGAUGUCUGUUUUAGUGGCUAUCAAAAGCAUGUCCUGUCCCGCUUGGGACCAGCACCACUUACAGCAGCUGAGGAGGAGCUGAAGCAGAUUAAGAUUAAUGAGGUAAAGACUGAGAUCAGUGUCCAAAGUAAGCACCAGACAAUGCAAGGUAUUGCAUUUCCAAUCCAGGAAAGUGCCAUUACAGCCCUUCUCUUACUUAAAGAGAAGAAGAUAAAUUACAUCCAGCUGAAACUAGAUAUAGAGAAGGAAACCAUCAACUUGGUGCAUACAGAUGUCACUGACAUCCUUGACUUGCCAAAGAGAAUCCCAAGUAAUGCUGCUCGCUAUCAUUUCUUCCUCUAUAAGCACUCACAUGAGGGGGACUACUUAGAGUCUGUCGUGUUUAUCUACUCCAUGCCAGGGUACAAAUGUGGUAUUAAAGAUCGCAUGCUGUACUCCAGCUGUAAGGGACCUCUACUGGAUGUGGCAGAACAGCAGCUUCAACUGAAAGUCGUCAAAAAGAUCGAGAUAGACAAUGGCGAAGAGCUAACAGCAGACUUCCUUUAUGAAGAAGUCCACCCUAAGCAGCACGCCUUCAAACAAGCUUUUGCAAAGCCCAAGGGACCUGCUGGAAAGCGUGGAUUGAAGCGGAUUAUCAAAGGAGGUGGCGAUGCAGAAAAUGGAGAGGACAUUUAAAACAAAGACCGUCAGGCUUAAGGGACUUUGAACUUUCUACUUUUUAACAGUGAAUUUAAAAUUUACAUUAGAAUAUCAAUUUACAUCAGUUAAACCUCUUUUUUGGCCCUUUUUCUCCCAAAAUACGCUAAGCACCUUUUUGAGUUUUAAUUUUUAUUGUUUGCUGACAGCUUGUUACAGAAUUUUUUGGGACAGUUUUUGAUUUGUACAGGGACUGUCAUGUCAUCAUCCUAGAAACAUAAGAUGAUUGGCACAGCUUCAUGGAGCUGUGAAUUUACUGCCUGCUUUACAUAGCAACAACACAAACCAGUUUAAUAUCCUAUUUACACUUGGGAUCCAGUUCAUUUGGGACCCAUAUAAUCUAAACUGAAUUCACUACCAAAAACACUACAAUUGUCCAAUAAACACUACAAUAAACCAAGAAACACAACAGACACCCUAUCAGGUUCCCACCUCAGAGGGGAAUCUAGUGUGGUGCUUUUCAAGGUUUGACCAAAAGCAACAAAACAUAAUCUUUAAUUUGAAUGACAAAAGGGGGAAAUUGCAACUAUCUUCUUACAAACACUACAUUCUGUUCAGAUUCAGAAGUGCUAUUUUAAAAGUUGCAAUAUCUGUUAGAGAUAGUAAUUGAAUUUGAAAACUUCAAAAAUAAAGUUCCUGAAAAUACAUUGACCAACUUUAAAAGGCUGGUUUGCAAAUCAGCAGUAGACCACUGGGAACCAAAAUCCACAAUGCCAGGGGCUCUGAUAUUUAGCCCCUGCAGCAAACUGAUAGGCAGUUAAAUCCACCUACUUGAACCCCCUUGCCUCCCCACUCCUCAGAUAUGCUGGCGCACAGCCACCACAAGGAAUUAAGCUCAUACUCUUCCAACAGAUUGUGAGAGAGUUGGAAUACAUAACCAUAAACAUGAAAAAUGGGCACGUACACCAUCACCAGAAAACAAAUGUUGCAUGAAAACAUCGGUCUGUGGAGUUGCUCCAUUUUACUCUUCAUCCUUUGCUGUAUACAUGAAGUUUUGGUUAGUGGAAAAUGACUUCCUGUUUUAAUUUCAAAGGGACAGGUGCCCAAUGUAGGCCAGUUUGGCACGUCAUCCAUAUUUACCUAUUGUAUAUUAGGGCUCUGUACACAAGGAGGGCAGAAAUUUGGAUCACAGUGUUCACUGGAAUCUGACUCAAACCUAUCUCCUGAUUCUGAAUUUAUUAUUUUUUUGUUGGUGGAGGAGUGUAAGUUUUUACUCAAAGCCCAUGUUGUGGUAAUGUAAGUUAAUUCACAAAAUGCACUUUGCUUUGGUAUAGCUGUAGAUAGGGAAUAUAUCUGAAUUUACAGCUGUGGUGUGUCUGUGGGACUAGAACCAUAGCACUAGAACUAAUUGAUUCAAGUAGAUCCAAAGGUGAAUUUAGAUAAUCAAUGAAUUGGUGUACAUCAGAGACUGCACUCUGCGCCUUUCAUUGGCAUUUCUUUUUAAUGUAGAGUUUUGACCAUUUCUAAAAGAUAAUAAAUGAAUUUUAACUUGUGUAAAUCACAUCAGCUUUUAAAUCUGUAAUGUUCAUUAGUUGCUCCAGGCAGAAGACCUGCUUAGCUGUGUAUGGCAAAGCAAGUCUUGAGUAUAUUACACUCUUAUGCUUCCAUUGGUAUACAGUCAGUCACAUCAUUGAUUAAGAUCAUCAAUCCCUUUGCCCAGUGGAAUUAUAUUGAUAUGAAAGAAUGUUUAAUUCUUUGGGGAUUUGCCACUUGAAUGAAUGAGAUCUUUUGCAAGGUGCUGCAUUGAUUUGUGUCACCUAAGCUCACAAUGGAAUAGUGAAUGUUUUUUAAAAAGUCAUAAAAUAUAUUGUUUGGAAUAAAACUGGAGAAGUGACAGAUUACUCCAGCCAA